AUGCAAGGUGGAUUAGGUAUCAAGAAUCUCAAAAACCAUAGCAAAGCUCUUAAGGUGAAAUGGUUAUGGAGGUACCACCAGGAGGAUCAAGCACUAUGGUAUAGGGUGAUCAACAACAAGUAUGAGGAGCUGAAUAAAUGGGUAACCAAAGAGGUAAAUACCCCCUAUGGGAUUAGCCUUUGGAAAUCCACCAGAAUAUUUUGGCCUUUCCUGAGUAAUCAGUCAAUUGUCAAGGUACAAAAUGGCAGAAAAACCAGUUUUUGGUUUGAUAAAUGGAUGGGUGGUAUGAGCCUCAAAGAUCGUUUUCUUGACAUCUUUACAUUGGCUCAACACCAACAGAAGACUGUCGCUGAAAUGUGGACACAACAAGGCUGGGAUCUGAUCCUUAGAAGAAAUCUGAAUGACUAA